AUGAAGUUAUUGAAGAAUAAUUUGGAAGCUAAUGAGCUCCGAUUAGCUGGUAAUCAGCAUUACAAAUCAUAUCGAUUUUAUGAAGCUUUGAUUUGUUAUAAUAAAAGUAUUUGCAAAGCAAUUCCCGGAUCAGAAGAUUUCUCGCUAGCCUUUGCAAAUCGAUCAGCCGUGUAUAAGGAAAUGAAGGAGUUUGAGUUGUGUCUGGAGAAUGUGAAGCUAGCAAUUGAUUGUGGCUAUCCACAAAAUAAGCUUAACGUGCUACUAGAAAGGCAAGAGAAAUGUUUAGAUAUGGUUGACGAAGUUUUUUGUCGAACAAACCCUUGGGAUUUUUUCAAACUUUCAUAUCAAAAUAAUGAAGAAAUUCCUUUUAUUGUUGACUGUAUUGAAUUACAUGAAUCAAAGGAAUUUGGUCGUCAUUUAAGAACAAAUCGAACUUUGAAAGCAGGCGACAUUAUUUGUAUCGAGGAACCUUUUCAUAAAUUCAUUGUCAACAGUGCAAGAUUCACUCAUUGUCUCAAUUGUUUAAAAAGUCAACAGUUGAAUCUUUUCCCGUGUCUAAAAUGUGAUAUUGGUGAGUGA